CCACGAUGCAUCCAACUCUUUUGGACAAAACAGGUACCAGAUAUACAAAAGGUAUGGUACGGUAUGCCCCUCAGUGGCAAAGCUAUAUUGAAACUCAUCAACUGACUGAAGACAAUCAUGCUGCUGCCAACAUUGAUGAUGUGGAUAUUAACAAUAGAGUUCCUGUUCCUUGUGGCGUUGGCAACCUCCACUGUCGCUGGUAGUUCCGGCAGUGCUAGCAGUGGCAAAACAACGUUUCAAACUCAGUUGAUAUUCACACACCGACUGGACCUUUCUGCAGAAGUCUACGAGCAAGAGCUUCCAUUCAACGCGGAAAUGAUGGAGGAGUGGAUUCCAGCAGAAGAUAUCGCCCAACUGGAAUCCCUCCUCUUGGAUACCCUUAACCGACCACCACCACCACAUGUAGAGACGACAGACGACUCAGAGCCGGCACAAAUGACACAAAUAACCUCCGUCCAUGCGGAAUCCCAGGGCUUCCUCCUCCUUAGAAAACUUCCACGAAACAGCAAUAACAACAACAACCCUGAAGUCAUACAGGUCGAGGUGGAAAUUACCUACACCAUUCAUGGUCUCUGCCAAGGCCCUGGCUGUACUGCUGUGGAGGAAAAGCACGAAGCUCAAGAUAUUAUCACUGGAGUUUUGCCAUCAGGAAGGCGACUCCGAGGUCAGGGACAACAACCACAACAACUAAAAGAAGAUGAACAACAAAAAGAAGAAGAAGAAGAGCCAAUGACCAGAAGUGGAUAUCAUCCGAGCCUGCAAGACGCGUUUCUACAGAGGGCACGGUCUCGAAUACUCACGAAACAACCACACAGCCACCAUGAUACUGAUAAUUACUUCUCCGUCAAAACAAAGGGUUCCAUAUGGGAGGACCUCCUCGGAACAAGGCCAAUUCAAAGUGCCAUCCGCGAGCACACCCAGACCAACCCAAAGAGCAACCACCGCGAUCUGCAGAAUAGUGAAGCUUUGAUUGACGUUGUCGAAGUUGUUUGUGACCCACUAGUGCUGUCACUGGAAACUUCCAUUGGCAUUGAUCUCCCAGGAGAUUGGAGGGAUUUGGUCAAUCAUCAUGAUAGCCACAACAACAGGACCAUUACCAUUGCCAAUGAGACCAUGACGGUGGUGGAUGCCCUCAAUGUGUCGUUUGUGGAAACCUACAAUGCUCUCGUAUUUCCCCUUUGUGACUGGCCGUAUUUUCGAAAAGUGUCGGGAGCACAAGCCAGUAUUGCCACCCUUUUUGAUCCCUUUGGAAAUACCACCACAGUGGCCUUUGACGUGCUGGCAGAGUGCCGGAAUUGUGGCCCGGACACGCCACUUUUUCAAGUGAUUAAUGAUAACACGAAUGGUUCUUCCGUGCUCUCGCCAGCAAGCACCUCAACAGUUCGAACGGAAGCAUCCAAUGUGGUUGUCCGACAAGGGUUGGGAUUGACAGAUGAUGGAUGUCUCUGUCCCAGACCCGAUGAUACUACAGUGUUCCGUGCUCCCACAUUGGAGGAAUUCACGGCAGCAUUCCUAUCAGAACUGGCUAAGAUCCAUCUUCCGCCACAAGAGGAGGAUGACAAGGAACUAAAAGAUGUGCCAUGUGCCUCGGAUGUGCGGGAGUUCACUUCUUAUGUCUUUUUGGACUUUACGAUGAAUCGGAGCAGUGAUUUCCAAACUAUUCCUGAACAAGAUCGGAAUGUUUUGGCGCAGAGUUUCACAAGUCUGUACAACCAGCUUUCCUUCCAGUCCUGCGAUCCAUUUUUUCGCAAUGUGUUGGCAGCAAAACUGGAACUCAAUGCUGAUGCCGCCCUUCUUCGACGGCAGCUCCAAGAACAGAUAAAUCCCAAUGCUUUUUCUGCCAACACUAUCUCUAGGAAUGGCACCAACAUUACCCAAAUCCAAACACAAACACCCAUUGCCCACAAUCUCAACGAAACAACACCAGAAAUAGUUGCCGGAGCCACAACUGGAGCUGUUUUUGAAGUCACCGGUCGCGAUGCCGUGGUAUGGUUACCUGUCCUAGCCCAACUGUCACUUUUUGAGGAAGAGGAGCUAUUUUGCAGCUGUCUAGCUUGCCAUGAUGGACAUUUUUUGUGA